AUGAAAUAAAUGGAACUUAUUACUCUUGAUAGAGUAGUAAAUAUUAAGCAAACUGAUGCUAUUGAACAUUUAUGUUAUCUUUGCAAUGCUAUAGCUAUUGACCCUAGAAGAUGCUGCAACUCAAAUCCAGAUAGCAGCAAGUGUGAAGCUUUGUACUGCUUUUGCUGUCUAAGAUAAUAUUUAUAAAGCAAACCAUUUUGCCCGAAAUGCAGAUAGCCAACAAUGAAAGAUUAGUUUAAGAGGCCAGCAUUUGAGUUCUGGAAAUUUCAUCAAACAGGAAUUAUGGUUUAAUGUCAAUUUUAGAAUGAUGUUCCAAAAGAAGAGAAGGAAAAAUACUUUGUAAUAGAUUGUUCAGUAUAUAACUUGGAGAAUAUAUUUGAACAUUAGAUGAAAUGCCAGCUGCGAUUAGUAGAUUGCUAAAUAUGCUUCAAAAAAAUACCAAGUUAUAAAAGCGGGCCAGAACAUUAAAAGAAGGAUUGCCUCAUGAAAAUUAGGGAAAAUAAUUCUGAUGUUUAGGCCAGAGAAGGCUUAUGUUUGAAAUGCUACUAGCCUUUAUCAUCAGAGCAUAAUUGCGUAAAAAGUUUGAUGGAGAGAGUUAGCGUUUUGAAAUCAACUGUUUUGCAACAAAAUUUGACUAUAUAAGAUUAAAUUAUCGGAAUGUCUGAGACACAAUAAAAAUAUUACGAAGUUUUUUACAAUAGAGAAAGUGAGAAGCAGAUAUUCAAGAAUGUGCAGGCGAAUCUUAGUGACUUCAGAGAUUUUCUUGAAGAUCUCAAAGUAAUAAUGAGAGAUCAAAUAAAGUAAGAAAGCCUGAUUGUUCAAAAAAGAUCUAACGAAUCUGGUCAUGUAAACUCAAAUCAAGGUGCAUCUAAUUAGGAAUUAGACAUCUAUUCUCGAUUGUAAAAUGCUGUUUCAUUUAUACCAAUGAAAAAAUAAUAAGCAAAUACUAAUCAAAAUUGA